GAACGUGUGUCCUACUCUCUCCACUACGUACGGAAACGGCAUCGCGGUGGAUAACUUUUAUCUCAGAAUGGAUCCUUCGCGAGGUGACUCGCGGUAUAACCUAAACUACUCUAUGAGUAGUAUUGGCCUUUCGCUGGCCGACCAGGCCGAUAUGUAUGGAAACCCAGCCGCUGUGGCGGCUCUUGGCCGGCCUCCAAGUACUGGUUUGUUGCAAAGCAUGGGUGGGGGAGCUGGUGGCCCAGGAGUUGGCGGUAUAACAUCACGCUCCAGCGGUAGUUUAAUGUCUAGUGGCCAACAGUGUCAGUCUCUAAGCAAUAGUUCGGGUAGCCAUAGUGCGGGGCAGCAGCGUGGAAUCAAAAGAUCUGGUUCUGAUUGUUACGAUGACUCGCAUCAUCGUGUGCCAAAUGCCGGCGGCGCCAGUGGACUGUCAAAUUUACAAGGCCUUGAAAAUUGUGGUGGAGGUGGUGUCGAUGACAACUAUAAUUCAUUGCAGAGUAAGAAGUCACCACCAGCAAAUGGCAAGAAAACCAAAGGACGCGUCAAAAUUAAAAUGGAAUACAUUGAUAACAAACUGAGACGCUACACCACAUUUUCUAAGCGUAAAACGGGAAUCAUGAAAAAGGCUUAUGAAUUGUCUACCCUAACUGGCACACAAGUUAUGCUUCUUGUUGCUUCAGAGACUGGCCACGUGUACACGUUCGCAACCCGCAAAUUACAGCCAAUGAUUACUUCAGAAGCAGGAAAACAACUUAUUCAAACUUGUUUAAACUCUCCCGAUCCGCCCAGCGUUGGAGGUGGAGAUCAACGCAUGUCAGCGACUGGCUUCGAAGAAACCGAACUCAGCUACAACAUAGCCGAUGAGGAUUCAAAAGUAAGACAAUUAAUAUAUGGUCAUCAUGGUCACGCUCAUCUAGGACAUCCCCAGGCCCCUGCAUCCCAUUACGGUCUUGACCAAGGUUUAAUGCAAUCCCCUUAUAGUGGGGGGCAACCUUCCCCACUAUCCCAUUCCCAAGCAUAUGCGCAUGGACAUGCUCACCAUUCACACGUUUCACAUGUACCUCAUUCAACACAUUCCCACAUGUCCCAUACUCAUCCCCAGCGGUAG